UUGGCAUCCGGCAAGCCACUACCCGGCGACACCGCCAACGAUUUACAAAUUCGCAGGGAUUUCUCAUACGAUGAAAUCGCCGAUGAGAUCCAGCCUCGUCUUCUCGACGACGAGUACCAGGACCCUCGCGUUCUCAUCGCCACGUCCAGGCCCCCGUUGAGCAGACUCCAGGCCUUCUCUAAGGAGAUUCGUCUUCUUCUCCCAACGGCCAAAAGCGUGAACCGCGAUGGCAUGACGCUGAAGGAUCUCGUCCGCGUAGCAAAUGCUACCGGACGGGUCAACCCCGAGGAGAUCGUUCAACGACUCCAGGCAUCUCACAUCACGCCCCCCGGACACACCAACCUGCAAAGCCAUGCCACCUCCGCGCACAUCCAUCCCUUCGACUCCCGCUAUACCUCUCAGAUGAACAUUCCCAAAUACAAGAUCCCAGAAGAAGGAGCACCCGGAGACACCGUCUUCCAGAUGAUCAGGGAUGAGUUGGACCUCGAUGGAAAGCCCAACCUCAACCUGGCCAGCUUCGUCGGCACUUUCAUGGAGCCCAACGCAACCCAGCUCAUGCAAGAGAACCUGGCAAAGAACCUCUCCGACGCAGACGAGUACCCCGCCAUGAUGGAGAUGCACCAGCGCUGCAUCUCCAUCAUCUCCCACCUCUGGGGCGUCCAGCCCGGCGAAAAGGCCAUCGGCUCCGCCACCACGGGGUCUUCCGAGGCAAUCCACCUCGGCGGUCUCGCCAUGAAGAGGAGAUGGCAACAACGCCGCAAGGAGCAGGGCAAAGACACCUCCAAGCCCAACAUCAUCAUGGGCUCCAACGCCCAGGUCGCCCUCGAGAAGUUCGCCCGCUAUUUCGACGUCGAAGCGCGCAUCCUCCCCGUCACCAAGAAGAGCCACUACCGCCUCGACCCGGCCCUGAUCAGAGAAAAUAUCGACGAGAACACCAUCGGCAUUUUCGUCAUCCUCGGAAGCACGUACACCGGCCACUACGAGCCCGUUGAGGAGAUCUCAAAGAUCCUCGACAAGUACCAGGAGGAGUCCGGCAACGACAUUCCCAUCCACGUCGAUGCCGCCUCUGGAGGCUUCAUCGCUCCUUUCACGCAUGCUGGCGUCGGCGACGGCGCGAAGUGGAACUUCGAGCUGCCCCGCGUCAAGUCCAUCAACACCUCCGGGCACAAGUAUGGUCUGGUGUACGCGGGUCUUGGCUGGAUCAUCUGGCGCGACGAGUCCUACCUCCCCGAAGACCUCAUUUUCGAGCUGCAUUACCUCGGUGGUACCGAGAAGUCUUUCACUCUUAACUUCUCACGCCCCGGCGCGCAGGUGAUUGUCCAGUACUACAACCUCAUCCACCUCGGCUUCGAAGGCUACCGCUGCAUCAUGGAGAACUGCAUGUCCAACGCGCGUUUGCUCGCCCAGAGUCUCGAGGCCACGGAGUGGUACACCGUCGUCUCCGACAUCCACCGUCCGGCGCCGAACAAGGCUGCCAAGGGCGCCGUGAAGUCUGCGGUCAACCAGGCGGCUUCUGCCGUUGGCGGCGGUGAUGCGGUCGUCGGGGAGACUUCGGCCGAUUACGUCGCCGGACUCCCCGUCGUGUCUUUCCGUCUGACGGAUGAUUUCAAGAAGACGUACCCGCACAUCAAGCAGGAGACAAUCUCCCUGAUGCUGCGCGCCCGCGGGUGGAUUAUUCCCAACUACCCCCUGCCUCCCAACGAGGAGAAGAUUGAGAUCCUGCGCGUGGUUGUGCGCGAGAGCAUGACGUUUGACCUGCUCGAGAGGUUGCUGACCGACAUAUCGACUGUGACGGAGACGUUGAUGGAGAAUGAUGAGAUUGAUCUGCAAGUUUUGAAGCACCACCACCGCCGCAACAAGGUACGCGUUAAGGGCGACGUGGAGAAGGAGGAGAAGCACAAGAAGCAGAAGGGCGGCGCCGCGAAGGAGCUUGGUAAGGAAGUGAGGAAGAUGGAGGAUGGCAUCCACCGUGCUGUAUGCUAA